UGUGGAUGACAAGGACGUCGAGGUCGAAGAAGACGACUUGCCGGAUCGUCUGACAUUGACGCUUUGGCCUCUUCUCCGCCGCCAGAAAAGCAUAACAUGGACGCAAAGUCGCAGCCUCGGCUGAAGAUCAAGCUCAAGCUACCGGCGUCUGGCAGCGUACAGACGGCUCUUUCGACAUCGGAAGAGACUGGCGGUACAUCUUCACGCCGGGAGGCAUCUCGAGAUUCCGAUAUCGAGUCGGAAGAGGAAGAUGAGGUUGAGUCGGAGGAUGAGGAGGAAGAGGAGGACGAGGAAGACGACGAUCAGUCCACUCGUUCCGCGUCUGUCGCAACCUCAGGCACAGCGAGCAGAACGCUUACUGCACGUCAAGCGGUGCUCGCAAAUGUAGUCGAUUCGUCCCAUGUUUCCCUCGGCGAACGACAUCAUCCUCGUAGAAGGAAGCAGUUGACGGAAAUGGAAAUUGCUCUCAAGCGUGAGGAGACCGCACGUAAGCGAAAGAAUUUGUCAGAGAAGAAACUCGAAGAUGAGAAGAUGGAAACAAUCAAUCGGCUUUUGAAGAAGCAAUCUCGCGGAAAGGGGAGACGCAAUGCCCUAUCAACUGCAGAAGACAAGCCGACACCGCUUGCCUCUACUGCUAACCUCGCAGAUGUGGACGCCGAAGAUGGGGACGUGGCUGCUUCUGAACCCGUCGCACCCACAAUGUACAGGUGGAUAUCCACCUCCCGCGCAAGCGGCGCAGACGCGAAGAGCAGCUCGGAUAAGAAGAUGUUGCUUUCCUUCUCUAUACCAGCGGUACUCCUACCAUCAGAAGAAGCAAGAACCGCAAAGAUGGACGUCGACGAGGAACCCCGAGCUGCGCAAAUGCCUGAAUGCGACGUGCAGGGGUGCACGGAGCGGCGAAAAUACCGCCUAGUCAAGGACUGGAGUAGAGGUGCAUGUGGCAUGAGUCAUCUCAAGCUACUCGAGGCGCAGCUCAGUUGAAGUAUCUCGCUCUCACUCAGACGUACUCUAUCUUCAUCGAUCUUCCGUCCUCGGUGAGAAUGGAGAGCUAUUUGCUGUAUCCUGUACUGAUGUCGGGAGUCCAUAAAUUUGGUCUACUUAGUAUACGAUAUGUAUUGAGCUACUCUAAUGAAAUCCAGCAGGCACCAAUGCCUGUGGUGACGACGAGAAGAUUGCUCGUG